CGGAAGCGGACGCGACGCGGCUGAGGGCGGACGGAAGAUGGCGGCGGCCGCGGCGGCCCCUGAGGACGAGCUGGUCUCGUCGGUAACGCUUUACCGGCGGCGGCCGCGGCUGCUCCGCGGUACCGUGCUGCCCUUCGCCGCCGGGCUCUACCCGGCUUGGCUGUGGCUGUGGGGGCCGCGCCUGUGGGCGAGCGGGGAGGCGGCGGGGCCGCCCGAGGCGGCGCUGUUGGCGCUCGGCGCCAUCGCGGCGCUGCAGCUGCUCACGGCCCUGGCCGGGCUCUGGUCCGUGCACGCCGAGUGCGCCCUCACCUGCGUCAGGGAGCCGUGUCCCCAAAAAGCCACCUUGGCCAAGGUGGUGCCGACCCCCAACAACGGCUGCGUGGAGCUGGUGCCGCUCCGCAGGGAGCAGGACGAGGACGGGCAGGAAGCGCUGAGUUUCGAAUUCCAGAAGAUCAAAUAUUCCUAUGAAAUCCAUGGGAAGAAGCAAUUCCUGCCCGUGGCGUUCCCGGUGGAGCAUCCCCUGGGGUUCUACCAGAAUUCCAGAGGCUUCCAGGAGGACAAGGAAAUCCGGGAGGCCGAGAGGAAAUACGGGACGAACAAGGCCGAGAUGGUGGUGCCGGAAUUCCUGGAGCUCUUCAAGGAAAGGGCCACGGCUCCGUUCUUCGUUUUCCAGGUGUUCUGCGUGGGGCUCUGGUGCCUGGACGAGUUCUGGUACUACAGCGUCUUCACGCUCUCCAUGCUCGUGGCCUUCGAGGCGUCGCUGGUGCAGCAGCAGCUGCGCAACCUCGGCGAGAUCCGCAGCAUGGGCAACAAGGCCUUCCCCAUCCAGGUCUACAGGAACCGGAAGUGGCGCCAGAUUUCCAGCGACGAAAUCGUCCCGGGGGACGUCGUCUCCAUCGGACGCUCCCCCCAGGAGAAUCUGGUGCCCUGUGACCUCCUGCUGCUGCGAGGCCGCUGCGUCGUGGACGAGGCCAUGCUGACCGGGGAGUCCGUGCCCCAGAUGAAGGAGCCGGUGGAGGGCCGGCGGCCGGAGCAGCCGCUGGACCUGGGUGCGGACGGGCGGCUGCACGUGCUGUUCGGGGGCACGCGCGUCAUCCAGCACAUCCCGCCCCAGCGCGCCGCCUCCGGCCUCCGGCGUGAGCCCCAGCCUGGAUCCCGGGCUGAUCCGAGGCUGAUCCCGAGGCUGAUCCCAGCCUGGAUCCCGGGCAGAUCCCGGGCAGAUCCCAGGCUGACGCCCGUUUCCCCGGCAGGCCGUGAGAGGGAGAGGCUGGUGGACCUGAGCCGGGAGUUCGAGCCGUCGCUGGUGAACAGCACCGUGUACCUGCUCUCCCUGGCCCUGCAGGUGGCCACCUUCGCCAUCAACUACAAGGGCCACCCGUUCAUGGAGAGCCUGGCGCAGAACCGGGCGCUGCUCUGGGCGCUGCUGCUCUCGGCCUCGGCCGUGCUGGGGCUGCUCAGCGGCUCCUGCCCCGAGCUCAACCUCAGCUUCGGCCUCGUCGAGAUCCCGCCCGAGUUCCGGCUGCUGAUCCUGGCGGUGCUGGCGGCCGAUUUCCUGCUGGCCUUCUCCGUGGAUCGGCUCCUGCAGUUCCUGCUGGGCAGCUCCAGGCUCCGAGUGCCUUCCUGAGGCCCAUCCCCGCAUCCCGGAAUUCCCAGAAAUUCCCAAAAAAACCCCCCCAACCCCUCCCCACCCCCCCCCCGGCUCUGCUCACGGAAUUCCCGCCCGGAUCCCGAAGCCUCGGGGAGGAGGAUCCCGAAUUCCGAGCGUUGCCGAGGGUGCUCCGGCGGCUUUGGAGGUGGGAAGUGCCCGGAAUUCUCCCGGAAUUUCCCGGGAAUGUUUUGGGAAUUUGGUGUCGUAAAGAAAAUCCCGAUCCACGCGGGGGUUUUUGGGUUU